GAAGUGGGGGAUUCCCAGGUUCCAGCUUGUUCGAGUCUGCGUUAAAUCUAAUCUGCGUCGUACAUUGGCAUUGCGUCAGACUCUCCGAUUUACAAGUGGAAGAAUACAUCAUCAUUCCAUUCGUUGUGCAUUAAUCGUGCACCAUGGGGAAAAAUCGUAAAGGAAAAGGAAAAGGAGGAGGUCAAGGAGAUGAGGGAAGUGGACAGGCUUCUAAACAGCCAUCUCAGGCCCCUGCACCUCAAGCCCAGCAAGCCCAGCAACCAGCUCAAGCCCCGCAACCACCUCAAGCCCGGCAACCAGCUCAAGCCCAGCAAGCAGUUCAAGCCCAUCCUCAUCAAAAUCCUGGCCAGGGACAAGGCCAGAAUCCAGUUCAGGGCAGAGGUCAGCAACCCGGUCAAGGGCAAGGCCAGCAACCUGGUCAAGGACGAGGCGGAGGCCAACAACCUGGACAGGGCAGAGGCAGAGGACAACCUGGACAAGGCAGAGGUGGAGGCCAACAACCAGGUCAAGGACAAGGUCAACAGCCUGGCCUAGGCAGAGGCCGAGGUCAAGGCAGAGGCCAGAAUCCUGGCCAGGUACAAGGGCAGCAUCCUGGUCAAGGAGGCUCUUGGGGCGGUGGACAUCAGGCACCUGUGCAGCAACAACAGGUACCUGCUCAACAGCAAGGAGCCCCAUGGGGCCGUGGAAAUCAGCCACCUGGGCAGCAACAACAGGCACCUGCUCAACAGCAAGGAGCCCCAUGGGGCCGUGGAAAUCAGCCACCUGCGCAGCAACAACAGGCACCUGCUCAACAGCAAGGAGCUCCAUGGGGUCAUGGAAAUCAGGCACCUGCUCAACAGCAAGCAGCCCCAUGGGGCCAUGGACAGCAGGCACAUGCACAGCAGCAAGGAGUCUCUCAGGCUCCUGCCCCAAAGCAAGGCCCAUCGCCGAGCCCUCAACAGGCCCAGGGACAGCACCCACAACCGUCUCAACCAGUUCAGAGACCGCCUUCUGUACAACGCUCUACACCUAGCGGUCCAUCAGGAGAUUCAGGAAAACAAGCAGGUCCACUUGUUGCGUUGCCGCAGCGUGCUAAUUGCCCACCUGAUGAGAAGUUGGGUAGGAAAAUACCACUCGAGGUCAAUCACCUCCUUUUGAAAAUGAGAGACCCAAACAUAAAGAUCUUUCACUAUGAUGUCACAAUUGAUCCAGAUAAGCCCAAGCGCUUUAUGAGGCUGGUCAUGCAAGAAAUGCAGAAACGUUUCUAUCCAAAUAGUUACCCUGGGUUUGAUGGCCGAAAGAACCUUUAUAGUAAAGGCCUUUUACCAUUUGGAAAUGAGCUCCAUCAGGAAGUUACUGUGCCCGAUGAGGAAAGAUCUGAUAAAGCUCCAAAGCCCUUUAAAGUGACUAUUAAAUUAGCACGUUCAAACAUUUCUUUGGAUGGUUUGUUUGCUUAUCAGAAGUCAGGGGCUUCUUCCAAUAUUCCUCAAGAUGUUAUUCAAGCUGUGGACGUAAUAUUGCGUUCGGCAUCAGCUCGGAAUUUCAUUCAGGUUGGCCGCUCAUUUUUCUGUCCUCAAGAAAGGCCUUUGAAUUUGGGUUCUGGAAUGGAACUCUGGCUUGGAUUUUUCCAGUCCUUCAUUAUGGGGCACAAACCCUAUAUAAAUAUUGAUGUGGCUCAUAAAGGUUUCCCUAUGGAGAGACCACUUCUAGAUAUACUGCAGGAGUUUGCUCCGAAUGCAAAAAGUCCUUCUGAGGCACUCCAGAACCAAUAUACAAAAUCAAACUUUGAAAAGUUCAUAAAGGGUCUAAAAGUUGAGUAUAAAAUUCCAAGAAUUGAUAGCAGCAAGAGAACUUACAGAGUGAAUGGGCUAAGGAAAAAUGCCUUUGAUGAGAGGUUUGAGUUGGCCGAUGGAAGAAAGAUGUGCAUUGGAGAAUAUUUUGAAAAAGAAAAGCAGUACAAGUUAAGGUUCCCUGGACUCCCUUGCAUUCAUGUUGGCCCAAGGGAAAAGGAUAUAUUGGUCCCAAUGGAACUCUGUCUCCUGAUUGGUGGCCAACCAACUAUGAAGAAACUUGAUGAAAACCAGACAUCAAGAAUGGUGAAAGCUGCAGCUACAAAUGUUGAAGACCGUAAAAGAAAAAUAAGAGAAGCUAUGAGGAGAGCCAACAUAAAUGCCAGCUUGGAAGUUAAAGAGUUUGGUUUGUCUGUAACUGAUGACUUCACUCAAGUGAGUGGACGUAUUUUGCCUGCUCCAAAACUUGCUUACAAUAAGGGCUUUGUUGUUGAACCUCAGAGAGGAGUGUGGCGUGGUGGCCCAUUCUUGCAAACUAGACAUUUGAAGAAGUGGAUCAUUGUCUCCACAAUGGAAAGAUUCAACCCAGAUUGUUUGAAGGACUUUUCUUCUCAGCUUAUAAAUGAGGGCAGACGCUCGAAUUUGAUCAUUGAAAAAGAUGAUCCCACAAUAUUCUUGAAUGAUAGAAGCCCAAGAUUAAAGAAUGAUCUAAAAUCAACAUUUGAGAAUCUUAAAUCCAACGGCUAUGACUUAGUUGUUGUGGUCAUUUCUGGUUACAACAAACUGAUUUAUGGUCAAGUGAAACAGGCUGCUGAAAUUCAAGUAGGAAUUUUGACACAAUGUGUUAAAGAUCAAACUCUCUACAAACGUUUGAAUCAACCAACUAUCCAUAAUAUUCUUCUAAAAAUUAAUGCCAAAUUCAAUGGUAUUAAUCAAGUCAUUGCAGACAGCACCAAAUUGAAGUGUUUGGGCAGAAACAUUCUUGUCAUCGGAGCUGAUGUGACUCAUCCCUCCCCGGAUUCUAAAGACAUACCAUCUGUAGCAGCGGUGACAGCAUCUCAUGACCUGAAAGGAUUCAAAUAUAAUAUGAAAAUUCGUUUGCAACCUCCCAGAGUGGAAAUUAUCCAAGACCUCCAAAAUAUUGUCAGGGAACAAUUAGCUAUUUACCAGAAGGAAACCAAUUCUCUACCUGAGCACAUUUUCUUUUAUCGAGAUGGUGUGAGUGAGGGACAAUUCCAGCAGGUAUUGCAUGACGAGCUAAGAGCCAUUCAACAGGCAUGUGAUUCUUUCAAAAUAAAGUCAAAGAUCACAUUUUUGGUGGUCCAAAAGAGGCAUCAUACACGCUUCUUCCCUAUGAAUCCAAGGGAUUCACAUGACAGGAAUGGAAACGUACCUGCUGGCACCAUUGUGGAUACUGACAUUACCCAUCCCACUGAAAUUGAUUUCUAUCUUGUCAGUCAUGCCAGCAUACAGGGUGUGGCACGGCCCACAAAAUACCAUGUUUUAUGGGAUGAUGCAAAAAUGUCUGAGAAUGAGAUACAGAUGUUAACUUACAGUUUGUGCCACUUGUUUACUCGGUGCGACCGAGCAGUCUCUUACCCAGCUCCCACAUACUACGCACACCUAGCUGCAUCUCGCGGUCGUGUGUAUUUGGAAGGGCAAAACAUUGUGUUGGAUAAUUUGAAGAGAGAAGGUCAAAAACUUCAAACUGCAAUGAACUUCACGAAUGUUUCUCCCAUGUAUUUUGUUUAAUACUUCUGGGAUGGGAAUAAAUAUCUAUCUAUAUAUAAAUAAGGAAUACCAGUACUGGUUUGUGGAUGUUUUCAAUACUAAACAUCUGCCUUAAAUUUUAAACAUUUAAAAUCCAAUGUGGUCUUGUUUUUGUCUAUGCCCAUAAUCUUAUUAGGAGGAGUAAUCUAGGAAUCGCUUUGUGGAACUGUGAUUUGUGCUUUUGACUUGUACAGGAUCCACAAAAUGCCAAGGGUUGUUUUGACUUGGAGACCUUCUGCAUGCAAUUGCUUUGUCACUGAGAUAUUAUUUAAAAAAUUGGGGGAAAACCCUUAAAAAAAAUAAAUUAUGUUUUACUUGUUGUGUUAAUAUUUAAAAUAAAUUUGUAUAUAUUUCAAAAGGA